AUGGCCGAUUACGGCUACCCCGACGGCGGCGGCAAAGAGAAGGACAUGCAGUGGCCACCGGCUCCUCCCGAUUACGGCUGCCCCGACGACGGCGGCAAGCGGCCGCCCUUCGUCCUCAUCGAUCCAAAGGCCUACUUCGCCGACCGCAAGAACGCCACCACCGCCGUCAUCGAUAUGGAGGCCGGGGAAACCAGUCUCAGGGGCCGACUCCAGGUCACCUUCUGCGCCGUCGCCCCGCCGCUCGUUUCCUACUUCUGCGUCCACGCCUCCCACAUGGACCGCACCGAGUUCCCCGUCACGCCCUACAUCCUGGCCACCGAGACCGACGGCGGCCUCGUCCUCCUACGCGUCGCCACCGCCGACCCCGACUAUCCGACCAGUCACUUGCGUCCCCGAAAUUGCCAUUACUUCGUCUACGACGCCCUCGCCCGCAAACUUCACCAACUCCCGCAACCCGGCUUCCAACACCGACUCAGCCCUCUCUCGCUCGCCAUCAUGCGCAAGCCCAGCAAAAAAAGCUCCAAAAACACCAGCAAGCACGUCAGCCUACGCCCCCAUGUACAUGUACAUGGAGGGACCGAGGCCGAGGCCGACUUCGUCGUUGCCGCAAAAUCCUACAUUUUCUGGGGUAAAGAAUCUCCUCACCUCUGCAUCUAUGACUCUGCUAUCAAGACCUGGAGCAACAAGCCGGUGGUGAUGGGUUCAUCAUAUCCAGAAAUCCACCUCCCAAGCAAGACACUCACCAUCGGAGGAAGCAAUGGCACCGUGGCUUGGGUGGAUCUCUGGCGCAACAUCGUCUUCUGUGACGUUCUCGCCAAACGCCCCAAGCUUCGCUACCUGAAGCUGCCUUCCGAACCCGGCGAGGGGGAUUUCAAUCCAAGGUCUGUUCGCGACAUUGCGGUCUUUGGCAACACCAUCAAGUAUGUUGCCAUGCUGCUUCAGCCCGGCAACACAAGCUCCUCUAAGGUCCCCUCCUGUCGUUGGACGACCACAGCAUGGAGCAUCAAGAAGGCCCGUCGGUCCUGGCCCAAGGAAUGGCACAUGGAAUGCAAGCUCGAUUCCAACCAUAUAAAGGUUGAUGCGGCUGGUACCGUCGCUACCUUCCCUUCCUCGUUGUCUGUUUGCGUUGGCCUCCCCACACUCAGCCUGCGGAAUGAUGCCAUUGUUUACUUCCUCGCCAAGAUUGACUUCAGCCCAAGGCAACACACAGCGUGGGUGCUUGCUGUUGACAUGAAGAACAAGACUGCUGAGCAAGUGGUGGAGUUCCCUGCUCAGAGGACUUAUUGUGUAGCCGAGGGCUACGACACAAGUAGGAUCUCUGCAUAUCUCCAACCCGUGCCAGGUAUGCAGCAAAUGCCUAAACGACCAGGGGUGCUGUUGAUGAAAUGCCCUAGCAAGAAGCAUGCUAAAGAUGUUGAAGAUCCUAAAGAAGACGACGCCAUGAUGAUUGUUUCUUCAUGA